AUGCUGCGGAUGCGCGAGCAGGUGGCGGCCCUGGAGCGGCGCCAGUCGCUGCUGUUCGCGCUGCACAUGGCGCGCCAAGCCAACGCCGCGCACCUCGUGGCCGACAAGGUGAGGGCGUACUACGCGAGCUUCUCUCGAGGGUACGACCCCACACGGAGCAACGCGGCCGAGACCGAGUCGCUGCUGCGCUGCAUGAUGCUGCCGGACGUGCAGUCCCCGGCGUUCCGCGACCUGGACACGUUCCUGGUGCAGUGGGCGAACUACUCGCGCUACCACGCCGAGAUCGCGCUGCACUGCGAGCAGAUCGAGCCCUUGGAGGGCGACGAGCCCGGCACGUACACGGUCGAGUGCGUGGGGCGCUCGACGCUGCGCAUCUCGCGCGACACCAUCAAGCACUUCUUCCAGCCCCUGCUGGCAGACGAAGAGAUGGUGCAGCGGCUCGUCGGCAAGACGUACGACUUCCCCUUCGUGUCGCGCUUCCACUUCAACUCGACCGGCCGAGUCUACAGAAUGGAGCCGCGCGCGGAGCUCGCCUCGGGGCUCUUCGACCUCGUGGUGGAUCCCUUCUCGACCGUGCGCAUGCUGGGCGCGUCCAAACUGACCGACGACGGCUGCCUGCACGCGUACCAAGAGGCCGGCAGCACUCCACAGAUGAGAUCGCCAACGGUGGAGGCACUGUAA